AUGGGCUCUUCGCGAGCAUCCCGGAUAGGGCUUGUGGGAGGGCGGGGGAUGUUGGCAUUGUUGCUGGCCAGUCUCCUCCUGCAAGGGACCUUGGCCAAGAGCAUUGGGACCUUCUCAGACCCCUGCAAGGACCACACGAGUAUCACCUCCCCCAGUGACCCCUGUCUCCUGGGGAAGGGGGGCUCCAGCAGCUUCAGUAGCCAAAGUGGCUCCAGCAGUUCCAGCAGUUUCCUUUCGAGUUCCAGUGGCUCCCGUGGCGGCUCCAAUGGCUCCAGUGGUAGCUCCAGCGGAUCCAUUGCUACCCAGGGUCGUUCUUCAGGAUUUUCGUUAUUUAAGCCAGGAACGGGGUAUUCCCAGAUAAGCUACUCCUCUGGACCUAGCUCUAGUCUACAAGGUGCAUCUAGUUCCUCCCAGUCAGGAAGCCUCAGCUCCCAGUCUGGAGGAGGCUCAAGCUCUUCUGUUUCCCAAACCUCCUCGAUGUCAAGCAGAAGUAGCCAGAAGGUCAACGCCAAGCUGAGCCCCUGUAGUUCCAACAUCCCCGACUCUCCCUGCAGUGGGGGACCCAUCGUCUCACACUCUGGCUCCUACAUCUCCAGCUCCCAUUCUGUGUCUGGGGGUAAAAUGCCUGUAGUGGUGGUGGUGGAGCAGCACAGCUCUGGUGGCCCCAGAGUGGGUCAAAACGUCCCCUGUAGCAAUGGUGGCCUUCCAGGCAAGCCCUGCCCCCCCAUCACCUCUGUAGACAAAUAUGGCAGCUAUGAGGUGGUGGGUGGCUCCUCUGACAGUUAUCUGGUCCCAGGCAUGACCUACAUUGGGGGCAAAAUCUACCCGGUGGGCCACUUCAUCAAAGAGCACCCCAUCAAAGGCUCUCCAGGGGUUCCUUCCUUUGCAGCCGGGGCCUCCAUCUCUGAGGGCAAAUACUUCUCCAGCAACCCCAUCAUCCCCAGCCACAGCUCUUCUAGUUCCAACAUCUACCAGUCAGGAGCUUCCUCGGCCAUUGUGUUCCAGCCGGUGGGCUCUGGUGGGGUCCUGCCCUAUGGCGUUGGCUCCAAGGGCUCUAAGGAGCCCUGCUCCCUCUCCAGCUCUGGAGUCCACAGCAGUUCUAGCCAUUCCAGCAGUUCUGGUUCAUCUUUCCAGCCCUGUGGUGGUGUUUCCCAGAGGCCCAGCUCCUCACCAGGCACUGGCUCCUUCAGUGGCAGCUCUAGCUCCCAGUCCCAUGGCAAAAUCAUCCUUCAACCCUGUGGCAGCAAGUCCAGCUCUUCUGGUCACUCUUGCAUUUCUGUCUCCUCCUCAACAUUGAGUAGGGGUCCAGCUGGCUCUUCCCAACAUGACCCCUCAGCUGGUGCCAAGCCCUGUGGCUUUGGCAGCUCUGGAACGAUCCCCUGCCACUCCAUCCAGGACAUCCUAACCCAAGUGAAGCCCCUGGGGCCCCAGCUAGUUGACCCUGAAGUUUUCCUACCCCAGGGAGAGUUACCUAACAGUCCAUAA